UCCAAAACUUUUCUCUGCGUUGAACUGAGAAAAAGCUCAAAAGAAAGCUCAAAACUUUGGCAAUGAAACCGAAACCCAAAAACCCCAAAGCAAAGUUGGUUCUACCCACCAUCGUCCUCCUCUGUUGCCUCUGCUUCAUCGCCGGCCUUUUCACCUCCACCGUCCUCUCUCAGCUCUCCGUCCCUUACUUCCUCUCCGGCCCACGCUCCUCCGCUUCUAGAAUGCUCGAUUCCGACGACGAGGACAGCGGCCCAAUGCUGCCCGGCGAGACCGGGGACAGCUUCAUUGCUUCGAUUCCGUUUCAGGUGCUGAGCUGGAAGCCGAGGGCGCUUUACUUUCCGGGAUUUGCGACAGCGGAGCAGUGUGAGAGUGUGAUCAGAGCGGCCAAGGCGAAGCUGAGGCCGUCGACAUUGGCUUUGAGGAAAGGAGAGACUGUUGAGAGCACUAAGGGGACUAGAACAAGUUCAGGGACCUUUAUCAGUGCUUCAGAAGACGAGACCGGAAUCCUGGAUAUUAUUGAGCAAAAGAUUGCCAGGGCUACGAUGUUGCCAAGGGACCAUGGAGAGGCAUUCAAUGUAUUGCGGUAUGAGAUUGGCCAGAAGUAUGAUUCUCAUUAUGAUGCGUUCAACCCAGAUGAAUAUGGCAAACAGCAAAGCCAAAGAUUCGCAUCAUUUUUGCUGUAUCUAUCUGAUGUAGAAGAAGGUGGAGAAACAAUGUUUCCUUUUGAGAACGGUUCAAAUAUGGACAUUGGAUAUGAUUACAAGAAAUGCAUUGGUCUAAAAGUUAAGCCAAGACAAGGGGAUGGACUUUUAUUUUAUUCGGUGCUUCCAAAUGGCACAAUUGAUCAGACAUCACUUCAUGGAAGCUGCCCGGUGAUCAGAGGGGAGAAAUGGGUGGCAACAAAAUGGAUCAGGAAUCAAGAAGAGGUUUAAGGGUCUGCGUUUAUAACAGUAUACCUGACCAUAAUAUAGUCGAAGCAUCAAUAACAGUGUUCUUUCCAGAAGUGUACGUGUAGUUUGAUGCUUCAAAUAGAUGUUUAGUGAGCCACUUUGUUGCUACUGUAAUUACUUGGAUGUAUAGUUUAGCACUAAAAACCUGCUUAGCUUGAAAACUGUUUCGCUGCUUAGUUUUCUGUAGCAUUGUAGCAUAUAUGCAUUUCACAAGUUUUAGCUCUUA